ACUAUCGUGGAAAUGAUCGAAAUACGUGAUAAAGUCGUGGUAAAGAAUGAGAUGGUCGUUUAAAAAAAUAUACACUAUGUUCAGCCCUAUUUAAAGUUCAUAGUCAAGUUUAUGCAAUUACCAUAAUCGAAUCUGCUACUCUGAAAACGGAAGCUACUGGUUGUUCGGUUGGUGAAUGAGACGUUUGACGUUUCAGAUCACCGCUUUCGCUCCACUAGCAUGUUAUUCAUACAGCGGACUAUUUGUCCACUCAUGCACUAGGCCCUAUGUUAAACUAUUUGACAACCGCCUCCAGAUUAUUUCUCCGAAACACCGUGCCCAUCUCGUCGAGGGGUAACUACAACAUAAUCUGUCGGUUUUACAGGAGAAUGGAUCGAGCCGUGGUAAGAUGUGUCCCGUGGGAAUCCAAACUCACUAUUUCCUUCGUCCUUGAUGGGAGCAACAAACACAUGCUCAGGGACCAGACCGAGGAGCUAGGCAAAGCACUGGCACGGAUCGCUAACAGUAUCAUCAAGGGCCAGGGCAAAGCUAAAAAAUACAAGAAAAACAAAGGGGCGCCCACAGACGCCCAGGAGCCCGCUGCAGCGGUCAGGCUGUACUACAACGGAGACUUUGUGGCAGAGGAUGCUCUAAACUCCGAUGCCUGGCAGGAUGGGGCAGUCUUACACGUGGGUGACCGUAAGUACACGGUGGAGAGGAACCCUCCCACAUUCACUACGGCAGAGCUGCCCGCUUCUCUACUGGCCGGGUUCCCCGUGUGCCCGAAGCUCAAGGUAGAAUUCGGGGAUUUAAAAGACUGUCGGUUUAAAUGGUUCAAGGAGAGCAAGUCCGGUGCAGGUGAUGAGGAGCAUCGAGGAGAGAAUGGUUGGACGGAGGCCGGGAGCGAACGUGUGUUCAUCCCGUCAAAUAUGGACAUUGGCUCCAAGCUUAAACUGACGUGCACGCCGGGUGACGGCAAACGGUGUGGGAUGGACAAUGAGUUAGUAACCACCGGUACAGUCGAGGCAGGGCCCGGUUCCUGUACCUUUGACAACAGACACAUGUACACCAACAAGGUCACAGAUGACAUGACCGUCAGAGUAGUGUCAUACAACAUCUUAGCUGACGUUUACGCACAAACAGACCUCUCCAAAACCGUGCUGUACCCUUAUUGUACUCCCUACGCAUUGGAACUGGACUACCGGCAGAGUCUGAUAAAAAAAGAGCUGUCCGGCUAUAAUGCUGACGUCAUCUGCCUUCAGGAAGUGGAUAAGAACGUGUUCUCCGACAGUCUGUCUCCGGCCCUGGAUGCGUUCGGCUUCGACGGGGUCUUCAGGAUUAAGGAGAAGCAGCACGAAGGUUUGGCCACCUACUACAGGAGGUCAAAGUUUAAACUGCUCAGUCAACACGACAUCAUGCUGAGUGAAGCUCUGAUGUCAGACCCUAUCCACGAAGAACUGUCGGACAGAGUGAACAGCAACCCUGCCUUGAAGGAGAAGGUGAUGCAGAGAUCUACCACACUACAGGUGAGUGUCCUUCACUGUCUGAACGAUCCAUCCAAGAAGAUCUGUGUUGCCAACACCCACCUCUACUGGCAUCCCAAAGGUGGGAAUGUACGUCUGGUCCAGAUGGCAGUAGCUCUGAAACAGCUGCAGCAGGUGAUCACCCAGAGUUACCCCGACGCCUCGCUCCUCUUCUGCGGGGACUUCAACAGCACUCCGUCCUCGGGGGUCUUCCAGCUGGUGAGCCAGGGGGUUCUGCACAGCACCCACCCGGACUGGAGCUCCAACGGACCGGAGGAGCUCUGUCCCAUGGAGGUCUCCAACCCUUUCCAGCUGAGUAGCGCCUGCGGGGAGCCGGCCUAUACUAACUACGUAGGGGGCUUCCACGGCUGCCUGGACUAUAUCUUCAUGGACCCGCGGGUGCUGCAGGUAGAUCAGAUGAUCCCUCUGCCCAGCCACCAGGAGGUCACUACCUGUCAGGCCCUCCCCAGCGUCUCACACCCCUCUGACCACAUAGCGCUGGUCUGUGACCUCAAGUGGAAGUAAAGCUCUCCCUCCUGUUUACAGCAGUCUGUGGCUGAUCAACCAUGUCUGUCUCUGUACCAGGGCCCCUACAGUGUGUCUCUGUACCAGGGCCCCUACAGUGUGUCUCUAAACCAUGUCUGUCUCUGUACCAGGGCCCCUACAGUGUGUCUCUAUA